AGGCUACUUUGCUUCUCUCAUGGGGAUGUUUGCUGGGAUUUCCUGCCAGGACAAACUCCAGCUGCUGAGGCUGUGGUACCACGAGAGCUGCCGGGUCUUCUGUGAUCGCCUGGUCACCAAGGAGGACGUGACCUGGUUUGACAACCUGAUGAGAAGUAUGAUGGAGAAACUAGACACCACUUUUGAAGAGGUUGUCCCAUCCCAGCCAGUUCUGUUUGGGGACUUCAUGGAACCAGGGGCACAUAUCAGACUGUAUGAAGAAAUUGAAAGCCCGGAAAAGCUGAAAGGUGUGCUUGAUGACUACCUGGAAGAGUACAACCAAACCAGCACUGCAGAGCUGAAGCUGGAGCUUUUCAUGGAUGCAAUGCAACACAUCUGCCGGAUCAGCCGGAUCCUGCGGCAGGCCCCAGGGAAUGCCCUUCUGCUGGGUGUUGGGGGGAGUGGGAGGCAGUCUCUCACCAGGCUGGCAUCUCACAUGGCAGAAUAUGAGUGUUUCCAGAUCGAAUUGUCCAAGAAUUACGGUGUGACCGAAUGGCGAGAUGAUGUGAAGAAGGUCAUGAUGAAGGCAGGCCUUCAGAGCAUACCCAAGACAUUCCUGUUUGUGGAUACGCAGAUUAAAAGUGAGUCUUUCCUUGAGGAUAUCAACAACCUGCUCAACUCUGGUGACAUUCCCAACAUUUACAGCACCGAUGAUCAAGAACAGAUCAUGACAGCCAUGAAACCUGUUGUGCGAGACCUGGGCCAGCAGCCCACCAAGGCCAACCUGAUGGCUGCAUACACAGGACGGGUCCGCAGUAACAUCCACAUGGUCCUGUGCAUGAGGUAUAACUCAAGGGUAGGAUGGUACUAUUAGCGUUAAUUAUUCCUC